AUGGAGCAAAACUAUGACUUCGAUAAGAACCUAAAUAUGAUAUUUGAUGACUACAAACAAGCUUAUCAUAGUGUGAAUAGACAAGAACUAUGGAAAGCAAUGAUACAUUUUGGAAUCCCACAAAAAUAUGUAAAUUUAGUAAAAAUGUGUAAUGAUAAGACGUUACUUAAAAUACGUUUCCUACUGAGAUUAUCGCCAGCCUUUGAGAUUAAUUUAGGAUUGAGACAGAGAGAUGCUUUAUCCCUAACUUUGUUUAACCUGGAACUGGAAAAAGUUAUAAGAGGAGAAUCUUAUGAAGACCGAAUAAUGGAAGUUUUUGGUAAAGAAACUGUUUUAGCAUAUGCUGAUGUCAUAGUUCUUGUAGGGAAUACGCGAGAAGAAAUUACCCACUUACUUUCUAAACUAAAGAAGCCAGCAAAAACAUGGGUUUAUGUAUCAACAAAGAAAAGACUAAACUUAUGA